CUCACAAACAAACUGGUCGGUGAGUCUAAAUUUAGCUCUCCUCCACCAGGCCAGCUUGUUGAAAAAUUGAUCGAUAGUGGAGUCGCUGCUAUAGUAACAGUCACAGUUUUAAUGGUGGUCAGGUGUCACUGGAUCUCCAGUCAACCAGAUAGUGAACGACAAUGAGUACAGUGCAGGGUACGGCCACACGGAAAAACAAAGCUGCCUCUAAAGUCAGUGACAUGUCCAGGGGUGGUAAUAGAACAGAUAAGGGUGAUGACAAGGUGGACCUGUGUGGCCGGGGGCGCUGGUGGCUGGGAACACUGAAAGACACACCCAUCCCAGGUUUCUAUCACAUCCGGGAUUUCAUUGAGGAAGCUGAACUGAACCCGGUGAGGAAGACCUACGGGUUUAAAGGCUUGGGCAGGAAAGCCCAGACUGUGGGCGUGCGCAAGGGGGAUCUGCUGCUGCCUGGGGCGUACGAAUACACCGACGCUACCCAGGAGAUCCUGAUGCACCAGGCUUCCUACUCUUUCAAAAACUGCCCACGGCCUGACAUCAUCACCCUGGGCAUCAGGGACAAGCAUAUAAACACUUCACCGUGUGACUACACUGUGACAGCCAAACCAGUGGAGAAGAUUCCCUGCAAGCAUGUGAUGUUUCGGUCGACUGUGCAACGGAUCAGCUUUCCGCCUAAGGAGGGACCUGCUCCAUGCCACUACAAUCCACAGACUAGACCAGCAAAAGGCAUCACCUCCUGCUUCAAAUCCACAUUGCCGCGGCUCCACUAUGUGCACUCAGAGACCCCAGGACCAGGCGCCUAUGAACCUUGCUGGAAGUUGGAUGACCGGCUGAGCACAGAGACCACGAUGGACCCGUCAUUUAGCCUCUUCUUCCGUAACAUUCCCUAGCUUGGACUUGAUUUCCCACAAUGCCCUGAUUCCACCAAUGUCUCCCCAAUCCUGUCAGCUUACUAGCAGAUCACACCUGACCCUGCCUUAUUGAUAAAAUAAAAAUAACAUCAUGAAUGUACAAAAGCAAGUCUCUCAUUACUUGGACUAAUGUUUAUCUGCAUGUCAGUGAGGAAUUUUGUGGUCUGCCAACAACAUAACAAGCUACAUUCGUUGUGCUCAAAUUGCU